GGGACUAGCUGAUUGCACGUAGGGCGCUGGGAGAAACUCACCGGCCGCUGGAUUUCCAAGCCAACGGCAGUGCCAAACCGUUUCCUUCUGGGAUCCUGAGGCCGUGCAGGGCAGAGAAGCCACCAGUUCCCACACAAGAACUCACAUUCCCAGGAACCCCUCCCUGUCCCUGUUCCCUGGGCUGCCGCCACCCAUGGAGAGCAAAGAGGAUGCCAGCCACAGAGACAGUGGGAUCAUGAUGCAAUCAGGCCCGGACAGCCCCAUGCCGCCACUGAAGGACCGGAGCCGGGCAGCAUACCAGCAGCAGCAAGAGCUGGAGGCACAACUGGAGGCCUGUCUGGCGGAGCUGAGAAACCUCUGCCUGCGUGAAGCGGAGUUCACGGGCAGGCUGCCACAGGAGUACCCUCUGAGGCAGGGGGACAAGGUGCCCCCGGUGCGGCGGCGGAUUGGCACUGCAUUCAGACUGGAUGAGAAGACGAUCAUCUCGCAAGGCCUGGACCCACUGAGCAUACUGGAGAGAGACCUGGCCCUGCAGCUGCAGAUCGCCGCGGCUACGCGUCACCUCUACCGGGAAGAGAAUCUCAGCAAGCACAUUAAGAAGCAUCGGAAGAACCUGGUGCUGAAGGAGGAGAGGAAGCUGAAGGAGCUGGAGAGUGCUGUCAACGAGUGCCGCACGGUGGCUGCGCAGGAGCCCAGGCCAAGCAACACAGCCCCCAGUGAAGAAACCCAGGCUCCCAGUCAUCCUGCUGCCCAGCAGCUCAUGGUGCCGGACACGCCACACAGCUCCCUGGCCCUGCCCACCUGCUCUGCCCCUCCCCUGCAGCACACAGGGCUGCCCCUCACACAGUGUGCUGUGGACACCUAUUUCCUGUACCGCUUUCACCCCUCGCCUUGUUCUCUUUCAGAAGAAACCCAGGCUCCCAGUCAUCCUGCUGCCCAGCAGCUCAUGGUGCCGGACACGCCACACAGCUCCCUGGCCCUGCCCACCUGCUCUGCCCCUCCCCUGCAGCACACAGGGCUGCCACUCACACAGUGCGAAGGCCCCGAGCAGGAGCACGCGCCCCUGCAGACCAGCCCCUGGAUGGAAGCCAGCCUUGUCAGGCCUGAGACGCCCAAGAAGCACUCGGCAGAGCGGUGCCACAUGCCGAGCCCAGCCAUGCCAGCACGUGCCCAGAGGACAGCUGAGACAUCUCCCUACCGUUUCAUCCCCAUCGAGACCUUGACCUUGUGGAGGCAGGCUGGCUCCAGUGGGCCACAGAUCCCAGAGAGGCCGGCAAGGAGAAGGCAGUCCCAGUCCGUGAGGGUGGAUGUGUCCCGGGACCAAGUGGAGCCGCGUGGAAGGAGUAUGCUUCCAAGACGAUGCUGCACCUACUACAAAGUCAGCGUCUCCAUCCCCACCUACAGCGUCCCUCCAUCCAAGCCCAACCUGGCCUCCAACUCCAUCUACCAUUCCAGUUCCAAGGACAGCCGCUCAGACAUCUCCAGCAUCACAAAUGCUCCAUCGCAUGGCAGCAGAAGCCCUGACAUUGCUUUCCUGAGGCCGGUACCACUGCUGUCCCUGAAGCAACCCUUGCCGGGCUGCAGGAGCCAGCACGCCGCAGGGCCUGAGGCAGCAUACUAUUACCACCCCCCCCAGAAGGGGCUGCUGCCUCCCAGUUGCUUCCCAGCUGUGGAAUACAUGUCUGGGAGGGAGUUCUGCCAGGGCUACCCCUCCCCGUGGGCUGGCAGCUCAGCUCCAGCCCCCUAUGAGCAGGACAAGGUGCAGCUGUACUGCCAGGGGUGGGGCCCAGCCCAAAGCAAGAUCAUGUGCACCCCGUCCCUCAAGGACCAUGCCCUAGGCAGUGGCAGGGCCCUCUCCAAAUUGUCCGUGUCAGAGGAGCUGAAGUUGUGGCAUGAGCGGACCAAACUGCGGAACGUGCGACCCCACUCGCUGGAAAGGGAGAGGGCUUUCCACACGCGGAACAUGCUGUGACAGGUUGGGGACACGGAACGCCCCUGGGGAGGGGGAGACCCGGAGUGCUGUCAUAACCACUGACACUCGCCUUCCUGCUCUCUGUGGCUUCUCACUGCCUCGUCCUGCUGGGCCAGCUCCCGGGUCUCCCCCAGGCAAGGCCUCAAGCUGAGAUCAAUGCCCUGCCCCAAGAAGCAGUACAGACACUGAGCCUCUUCGGGUCCAAGGAAAAUGCAGUUUUGGGCCCAGCUUCCUGGGAUACCA